UUUAACUCGUGAAACAAAACAAAAAAAAAAAGAAAAAAAAAGAAUUAAUCACUCAAGAUACACGCAGAAGGGUUUUUCAAAGAGAAUCAACCCUCAGCCCCUCACCGUCGUUCUUCACCUUCCUUAGAUCCGCUGCGCCACCACGUCUCUUCCCAGCUCCUACCAUUUUCAUGGGAUUGUCGAUCAGGGAAACAUUUGUUUAAGCAUCAUCAACCUGAUUGUGGAUUAGUAAUUACGACUGAUGCCCACAUUCAAAUCUAAACUACCACCAUUGCUGUCAUUUGCUUGUCAUGGAGAGGAUUUUGAUUCUUUAAAAGCAUCAGAUGAGCCGUCGGAUCCGUAUGUUGACAUGAUUAUUGAUGCAUUUGGUCAAGUUGAUGGUGAUCCAAUGCAUGAAGAUAUUCUGAAUGAAUUUGACAAAAAAGCUGGGGACCGACUUAGGGGUACAUUGAACCAAGUUUUCAAAAUGGCUCUCCAUAAGCAAGUUAGUUUCAUAACAGACAUUGUUCGAGCUGAAUUCAUAAAUAAGCGUAAGCAUCCUGAUUUUGUGAAACGUUCUAACCAAGCAAGAGAUAAUCGGUUAUCUGGCCAAACAUUAGAGAAGUUUGACCCUGGCCAUCGCCAAGGUAGCAUAUCUACUCCUUAAGUGGUUAAAAAAAAUGGCAAAGAAAAAGGAUGGAAUUUUACCAACUGCUGCUGAAGUCUAUGAAAGCACUCAUUCUGUUUGUGUGGGCAGUGAUGAAGUUGAAUUGAUGGGUGACAAGUCUCAAAAAGUCAUGGGAGAAUAUAUGGAAAAACUUGAGGAAUAUAAGAACAAAGGAAUUGAGAUAAACCCCGACAAAGUCUACUUGGAGGUUGUAGGUGGGCAAAAGAAAGGAAAAGUCUACGGUUUAGGGAGUGCUUCACAUAUGUAUUACAAGAGUGAUCCUACUUCUCAAUCUACUGCAUCAUCUUCCACUCCUUCCAUGAUUUCUCAAUUAAGUUCUCAAGUUGAAGAACUAAAGAAGAUGGCGGAAGAAAACCAUAACAAGGUAGAAGAAAGCCAAAAAAUAGCGGCAGAGAGCUUAAAAUGUGCUAAGGAAUUCGUCGAAAAUCAUGAGAUCGAAAAAGCUACAUGGAAGAAGGAAAAAUUAGCUAUGCAAAAAACAUUGCAGGAAAUGGCAUCACUUGUAAAACAAGUUUACCGUCCUUAUAAGCCUCCUACGCCUGCAGUCACCCGCUCUCGUGAUACAACUAAGUGAUUUUUAUUUUCUUGGUGGUAAUUUUAUGAACAAUUGGUCUUUUACAUUCUCAUUAAUUCUUGUUUGAAGUAGCUUUUUUUUAUAUGGGAGGUGACUUUUGGAACAAUUAGUCAUAUGAGUUAAAUAUUGUUUUUUAAUACAUUGAUACAAAAUUGAUUGAUAUUUUGGAUAUUUGAA